AUGGGUGGUUCAGCGUCAAGUAGCUCUGCUCCAGUGCCGGUGAAGAGCAAGACCAAGAUCUCAGCCCGCCAGCACCGUGAAGACCGAUCGGACGACGAAGAGAACCCAUUCCGCAGCUCGAAGGUCAACGGGGAUAUCGACCUAACAGAGGAUGACGGUGAUCUUGAGGAGACUCAGCAAAAGGGCACAUAUUGGAAGUAUACAUCUAUAGAGGACAUUCAUAGGCAGGAUAACGAGGAGGAAGGGGACUCGGAUAACGCGGAUGAGAGGAAAUAUGAGGAGGAGGAAGUUGAAGAGGCGGAACCGGCUUCAAAGCGUCAACGCGCAAACACAAAGCUUCCCCGCAUCAUCAACAGCACUCCAAAGCCAGUCGCCAAGGAUCUCCCACGUCGUAAGAACGGCAACGCAACUCAUUCGCGGCGAAGCUCAACUCAGUCGUCCCGCUAUUCGACUCCGCCACCUGAGCGUACACCACAGCAAUCCGAUAAGAUAUCAAAACAAUACUCACCUUACAACCCUCUUCGUGCCAUCGGAUGUCUACAGGGGAAGCAAUCUCCACCAUCGAAGUCGAUCUCGAAGAUUGCCAGCGCGCAUUUCAGGGUCACGCUCGCAACACAGCAGGCCUUUCCUAACGGCAUUGACACGAUCGCAUUCGCAAAAGCCAGUUUCCUCGAAGCGUGCAAGGAACUCGGUGCAGAAGCGCGUCGCAUGCGCUUUGAAGAGGUGGACUUAUACUCGAAGACGAUGAUAACAAUCGUCAAACGUGGCACCUCGCAGCUUCGUGGCGAGCUGAAGUCGAAGGCGCAACUACUGGUCGAGACGAAUUACGGCUUUCUCAACAUACCCGCAGAGAAUAUCAAGGAGGGCAUACAAGACUUGCUCACCCUCAGCGCCUUCCUCUUUGAGGAUCCAUUUGAAUGGAAAGGUGCCUUCCGCAACCCAAUCAUCCUUACGCUCCUCGUACAACAAUGGUUUCAAGAUCGAAAAGCCGAAGCAGCCGGUAUUUUCUCUGCUCAGUUCAAUCCGAUCCCCGACAAACUUAUCGCUUUGAUCGCCACCGCGGUUGAGUGUGCGCUUGUCGACUGGGAGAGCGGAACGAACUCUCCGGAUGUGAACGAUUUGACUUCGGACAAGUAUAGCCCGGUUUACGCUGUCCCGCCCCUAAAGUGA